AUGGUGUCGGUUCAAACCUCCGGCGAAGGAGCGCCCGCCGGCCAACUGACCCAGCUCCCCCCACCAUCGACACAACCGCCCACGAACGAUGCCACGAACCCGUGGGCGGCCACCACACCAAACCAACACAGCCAACAGCACAGCUCUGAUGCCGCCGAGCUGCACCGUAAACCGGUUCCUCCCAGCGCGCUCCAGCCAGGGCUCGGCAGCAGCACCCCGCAGCCGCCCGUUCCGCAGAUCCAGCACCACCACGACAUGGGCCUCACCACGGCGAGCGGCGCCAAAGAAGACGACAGCAGCGACAAGCGACCCGCCGCGCCGAUGGAGCGCAUACCAAGCAUCCUGCGCCCCGGCGGCGGCAAGUCGUUCAGCUCAAACCCGUUUCGUAAUAAAACCGGCAUCGGCGCUGCUGCGGCCCUGACCCCGGCAGAGGCCAUGUCCACGAUGCGUCUCGACUCGACGACCAACGACCCUUGGAACUCCGCGAUUUACACACAGCCCACCGGGGCGACCAACAUCUCGCAAGACUCUCGCGUCCAGCAGCAGUCUGUGCCAUACUCCACGUUGCAGCCGACACCGUGGAGCUGGGCACGGCCCAUCGGGGCGACCAACGUCUCGCAAGACUCUCGCGUCCAACAGCAGGGCCUGUGGAGCAGGCAUGAUGCCGUAGAACUGGAUGCGACGUCGUCGUUGUACGUUCACCCGUCGGAAUCGCUGGGAGUGCCUACGCCCGAGGGGCAGUCUAUCUCGGGCGACGAAGCGCAGAAUAUAGUCAAGAGUCUGGCAGACCCGCAGGGUAAUUUGGUGAAGCCGGCCGACGAGUUUUCGCACAUUUUCGACGACCAGCACACGUGGAACGUCUUGGGACGCACGCCAGGAAUACAGAGGAGCGCGACGAUCAAGACAGCCGGGGAGGACUCGGACCAGGAUGACUGGAACAUUAUUGAAUCGGGAGCGUCGUCGAUCGCGGGUGAUGCGGAGGGGAUACCGGCGAGUGAUGUGCACAAGGCCAAGACGGAGGUCCCGAGACCGCUGAUACCUGGUAUGGGAGCACCGGCGGCCAGUGAUAUGUGCAAGGUAGAGACGGAGAUCCCGAGACCGUCGACUUCAGUUGCGAGUGCAUCGAAGGUUCCUCAUACUGAUACACCAGAGGCGCCGGCAGGCCCGCGCUCCUCGACCCCUUUUGUUGACGCAUUGUCUAUUCCUCAGGACGAAGCCAGAGCCGAAGAUGAACGGAAAGAACAUAAAAACGAGGUCUUAAGAGAUGCAGAAAUUGAACAUCUCGGGCAUCAAGCUACGAAAGAGACAAAGAUGGAAAUAAAUGAUACCCCAGAGAGGCCACCACUCCCUCCUACGCUACAUGAAUCACGAAACGAACAAAAUUCAGAAGAACUUCUCAUCGAGCCCAUCGGCUACGAACCGCCAGUGCAAGCCCCACAACCGCAUCACCCACCGCAAACUGGAGGCUUGUUACCCAAGCAGCAAGACGAGCGGCCUCCGUUGCCGCCACGGCAGACGGAGACAACGCAAAGGUGGUCUGCUUGGCGCCAACCUGUGGAUGGCGAGGCCGAGACGUACCAGAUCAAGAAAAUCCGCUGGAACGACCCUGCCUACAACAACGAUUCGCGCGUUUCUCCCAUCCUGGUGCAAAAUCAAAAUGGGCCCUGCCCGCUUGUUGCGCUUGUAAAUGCGCUCAGCCUGACUACACCACCAGACAUCUAUGAAAUUACUCUUGUACACAUUCUUUACUCGCGAGAACGAAUCUGCUUGAAUCUGCUGCUCGACGCCGUAUUGAACGAGCUCAUGUCGCCGCGCCGUACCUCAUACGAGGACGCACUCCCUGAUAUGAAUGAGCUGUACGGGUUCCUGCAAAGCUUGCAUACCGGCAUGAAUGUCAACCCACGCUUUAUCCCCACGCCAGAGCUAGUUGAGGCUUACAGGAGAAGCUCUUUGACCAACCUGGACCCCAAGGACCGAGAUACCCUGAUGCCGGGGACGUUUGAAAAUAGCCUGGAAAUGAAGCUUUAUGCGACUUUUUCAAUUCCGCUCAUCCAUGGCUGGUUGCCUGCAAAGUCGGACCCCGCAUAUGAUGCCUUUGAGCGACAAGCAGCAACGUACGAGGAUGCGCAAAAUCUGCUCUUUCGGGAAGAGGAGCUAGAGGCCAAGCUGGUGGAUUCGCAAAGCGGCUUGUCUGGCCAAGAGCAGCAAUUAUACCAAGACAUCAUGGCCAUCAAAAUGUUUAUGAUCGAGUCGGCAACGCAGCUUACCCCUUGGGGUAUCAAAGUCAUUAGCGAAGCGAUUCGCCCCGGAACGUUUGCCAUUCUCUUCCGCAACGAUCACUUUAGCACAUUGUACUGCCACCCAAUUACGAUGAAGCUACUGACGCUCGUGACCGACGCGGGGUACAGCUCCCACGAUGAAGUGGUGUGGGAAAUCCUCGAGGACGUCAACGGCGAACACUCUGCGCUGUACUCGGGCGACUUUCGACCUGUCGGCUCACCGUGCCACGGCAGCCCCAGCGCAGGACCGAGCCGAGGUAACUACGACACUAGCAGCGACUGGACGAGCGUGCAGAAUAAACGCCACGGUAAGAACCGCCAGGUAGAAUCAAACGACAUGAGCAUGUUUUACAUGUCGCCCGGCGCGAACCACGAGCUGGAGGACCACGACUUGGCGCUCGCGCUGCAGCUGCAGGAGGAAGAGGAGCAAAACCAGCGCGAGGAGCAGGAGCGUCAGCGUCAUGAAGCCCACCUCUCGGAACAGGUUCUCGAGCCGCAAGGGCGUCAGCGGUCGCCACACAUGCAGCGCGCCAUGCGUCGUCGCUCCAGCGCCGCCGCCAGACGACCGCCUCUGCCAUCGCGCGGCAGCUCCUCCAACAACGUCAACGGUCGUCGGCGGCGCAGCGGCGACGCACCGCCGCCGAAGCCCCCGCGGCCGCAGACGCAGAAUGUUCGGCCGCUAGUGCCUCCCGCCACGGCGACGGGGGGUAGCGGAGAGGCUCCGCCGUCGUAUGAGGCGGCGCAGCACGAUAGACGCUACGUGCCGGGACAGGGACGAGGAGGAGGCGGUCCAGCGCCGGGUGGUGGUGUUGGUGGUAGUCAUCCGAUGCAGGGACCACCGCUGCCGGGUGCUCAUGCGCCCGGACACGUGGGAAAUCAUAGACCGCCGGGAUUCCCGAUGGGAGGAAGGCUGAAUCAGGGUCCGGGCAGGGAUAGAAGUCGCGAGUGCGGAGUCAUGUAA